AUGCCGAAGCAGUACGUUCUUUUUGGGCGGCUGCUGCCGCCCAUCACAACGCGGCGCAUCACCAUCCUCAUCUCGGCCGUCUUCAUCUUCGCCGUGUUCUCCGUCAUCUUCACGCUUCCCAGUGCCGUGCCGACCGGCCCGAGCCUGUCCAAGUUUGCCGACCACAAAUUCUCCAUCCCACAGUUCAAGUCCCACCCGCAAUGGACGAACAAAUGGUCCAACUCCCUCAACCCUUUCCGCCCCAAAUCGCACGCUCCGCCGCGCCAAAAAGACGACUCCCACGAGGACUCGGCCUGGUUCUCCGACUGGAAGUGGCUCUCGACGCCCUUCUCCUCCUCCUUCACCCUCGACGAGAGCCGCGCGCUGCUGCCGCCCCUGCCUGACCGGCCUCCCAUCUACUGCUACUACGACACGGCCAUUGAGCGCGAUAGGAAGCUGGCCGAUUCGGAGAGUGCGCUGCUGCUGACGUGGCGCCGGGCCUGGUGGGCGCAGGGCUUCCGUCCCGUGCUCCUGAGCUCGGCGGAGGCCAUGAACAACCCGCGGUACAAGGACGUGCAGCAGCUGAAGAUUACGCCUGGUGCCAAGGCCGACAUCAUGCGCUGGCUGGCCUGGGAGAACAUGGGCGGCGGUCUGCUGGCGAGCUACCUCGUGCUGCCCAUGGGGCCCCGCACCGAUCCCUUGCUGUCUUUCCUGCGCCGUGGCGAGUACCCGGCGCUGACCCGCUGGGCCGGCCUGAGCGAUGGCCUGUUUGCCGGUAGCAAGGAGGAGAUUUCCAACGCGAUCAAGCUGGUCCUCUCCAACCCGACCAUUGUCAACGCCGAGACGUUCCUGGAGGCGAUUCCGCCCGUCACCGACCUGCCGCCGGUGAAGGCUGCUCCGGCGGCCGCUGCUGGUGCUGCUGGCGCUGCUGGUGCUGCUGGCGCCGCCGCCAAGCAGGCUGGUGCGUCCGCGGCGGCGGCCGCUGCUUCAGCUCCUGCCAAAGCCGCCCUUCUUGGUGCGGUCCCUGUCCAGGCCGCUCCCCUUGCGGCCACCUCCCCGUCGCCUCUUCCCGCUGGCCAAGCAGCCGUCCCCGGCCAGGCGGCGCCUCCUGCCAAGAAGGUUGCCGCGCGGGCUAUCGACCCGGCCGGCGCCGUGGGCGGCAUGGUGGCGGACGAUCACAACGACAUGAAGGCCAGGACCAAGGACUAUCCCUUUAUCGUCGACGAUACGCCUUCCGCCAUUGCCUUUUACGACACCCAGACCGUCGCCAUGAAGUACAUCAAGGUCGGCGACAUGAUCCACCGUGACCGGGCCGACGGACUCGCCAGCCUCAACCAGCUCAUCAACGCCCAUCUCCACAUCGCGUGGCAGAACCUCUUCUCGUCCGGCAUCGCCGUCCUGAAGCCGCGCGCCGAGCACACGACGCAGAUGAUUGAGGCGGCCACCGAUCUCGCCAACCGCCUGGCGCAGUGCUCCGUAUCGCCGCUCGAGGCCUCGUGCCCGCCCAACAUGCCCAAGUGCGAACCCUGCGUGUCGCGCCAGCCGAUGCGCGUCCGCACACCACCGACCUACCGGAACACGUCGACGCUCUACACCAUUGGCACGGUGCCGCACCCGUACACCUUCCAGUCCGUCGCGCACAAGCAGGGCGCCGUCGACGUUGCGUGGCUGCGCCGCAAGUCGCACCGGGACGCCUGGCUCUUUGACAUUACCAAGGAGCUGCUCGGUACCGGUGUCUCGGGCGGUGCCCGCGUGCUCCGGUUCAAGCGCGCCGUUGCCGGCGAGUUUGCCGAGGGCCACACGCUCUGGAUCUCCGCCGAGCAGCCGCUGCCCACCGACGUCGACUGGCACUUUGGCUUUGCCAUCCCGGCCCAGGGCCGGGGCAUCAAGAAGGGCGAGUCCAAGACGCCCGUACCCGGUCCCGAGCGCCUGCCACCCCCGCAGCACGACAAGGACGACGGGCCCGUGGCGUCGCCCGAUGCGCUGGCCAAGGAGCGCGACCUGCUCGCCAAGGCUAAGAAACUUGGCGUCAGCAAGAGCAAGAAGGACGUGGCCGUGCGCAGCGCCGUCGAGGCGUGGAACCUGGCCGACACGGAGGCCUGGAAGUUUGCGCGCGCGUACCUGGCGCGCUCCUACAAGGAGCGGGCCACGUGGGAGAAGGAGGAGGCCAAGUACUCGGGCGGUGCCGGCAGCGAGCUGGGCCGGCGGGACGGCGGCAUGUUCUCGUAG